GCAUUGCUCCCCGAGCUAGGUUUACAGGGAGGAGCUCGCUUGAUCCGUGCGUAGGAGGGGGCGAAAAAUGGCGUGGAAGCAGCCGCCCAAGCAGCAGCGGCGGCAGUCAGCCUUGCUACUGUCGCUCCCACUCGCGAUUGCGGCGCUGGUGUCCUUGAUCUGCCUCCUGUUCCUGGCGCCCCAAGGGCUCUUCUUCUUGGAAGGCUUGCAGCGCCCAGGAUUUUUCUUUUUCUUGUGAGAUCGAGACGCUUCUACGCUUGAUUCAUUCCAGCGUCAAGUCCAAAAAUGCGUGGUAAGUUUUCUCGAUCUUAUAUGUUCUUGCCUUUGUUUUCUUCGUUGGAGAAUAGUGAUACUUCAAUGCUUUCUUUUUCAAAGCCACCGUUUUGGCCGCGCCAGUUUAGGACGUGUGCGGUGGUGGGAAACUCGGGAGCCCUUUUAAAGACGGAGUUUGGAAAGGAGAUAGAUGCUCAAUGAGGCAGGGGAGCGAAAGGGACAGGCAUUAAGUCUUUGGAGCUCGCCUUGUCAAUGUGUGACUCGGUGGAUAUGUAUGGUUUUACGGUGGAUCCAGGCUACACGGAAUGGACUCGUUACUUCUCGGCUCCUCGCAAGGGACACAAUCCACUACAAGGCAGAGCCUACUAUCAACUGUUGGAAUGCCUCGGGACAAUGAGGCUGUAUUCUCCAAUGCGAGAAGCCAGAAAGCAAGACUGGUCGGUCAUUCCGACCCGAGCGACAGUAAACGCAGCCUACUACGCAGCAAUGGGACUCAAACGAAAGCCAGGCAAAGACCAGGGAGCUUUCAGGAACUGCAAAGUAUGGGGAAGUUCAUCUCGAAAUGGACGCCUGUCAGGAUCAAAAGACCUGAGCGAGACCCGCAAGAACUCAAACUACGCAAAGUGGGAGAAAACAAACGUGAACUCCCUGAGAAGUCAAGCUCAACACCGUUACCGCGCCAUGGAAGGCGUCACGAUGUACAAGAUCGAUGGCAACAAGCUCGAGGACCUGGUGUGCAUCAGACCACAGCGGGAGCAGCAGCGCAGCCAUGGGAAACAAAAAAAAUCUUAGUGACUCUCGACGAGGACGCAACACUGGCGCUUUAGCAUACUGCCCGGCUCUGGCAGCUCGCCGUGCGUCACUAUGGAUCCGGCAAGAAGCUAACAGGCUCGUCCAGGCAGAGCUCCCCGGCUGCGAUGGCAUGCAUCGGCCUCUUCCUGCCAGAGCAUCCGAGGAGAUCAACCAUGCAGCGGCAGUGAUCUCCGAGCAAGGAAAGCCCGUAAUUUACAGUGAUGGAACAGAAGAUCUCGUACGCAACUUCGAGCAGACCAGCGUGGCUACACGCAGCUAGAACGCAGACGAACGUGGCUUGAUCCGGCAGCAUUCCUUUCAGGUGGAAGCUGUGGAUGAUCUUGAUGGACCGGACGAUUCGACCAGCUUGGCCGUAAAUCGCGAUCAUCCAAGAGACAGUUCCAAGAGACAGGACUUCGAUCCAACAAGAUCUUUCUGGCCAGGCCUGGAGCACAAGACGCCGCUGCGAGCCGGCAUGGUGUGGAAGAAUCUAGACAUCGCCGCUUUGGGCUUACGAAGUCGGGGGACAUCUCGAAGAUCCUGGGAGCUGAGGCGAUCUUGCCGGAGAUUAGCCUGAGAUCAUCGUGUUUGCAGAGACGAUGAUCGAGCCGAUCAUGAUCAAACAGGGAGUUUUAUUUGCAAGAAGAAAACUGGUAAUGAGUACAGCAUGGUUCAUGGUUAA